AGGAGGAGCGCGACAUUUUCUUUAGCAUCACUGAAGAGUUUACGGCACCUGUCCUCGUUGCUCUUGUGAUAGAGGGAAGGUGGAUCCUAUGACAGCCUGGGAACUGUGAUUUUGACAAGUAACUGCUGCUGUCACCCGGUUUGCCUUGAGAAUGGAUCCAGUGGUCCUGAGCUACCAGGACAGUCUGCUGCGACGCUCAGAUGUGGCACUUUUAGACGGCCCCCAAUGGCUCAACGAUCAGGUCAUAGGUUUUGCCUUUGAGUACUUUGCAACCGAGCGCUUCAAAAGUCUGGGCGAGAAGGUCUGUUUCAUCAGCCCUGAGGUCACCCAGUUUAUCAAGUACGCCUCCAGCCAAGACGAGCUCGCUAUAUUCCUGGAACCAUUGAGGCUUCCAUCUCGUCAGUGGGUUUUCUUAGCUGUCAAUGACAACUCCAAUCAGUCCGCCGGUGGCUCCCAUUGGAGCUUGCUUCUUUAUCAGCGUGAUGGUGGCAAGUUCUCUCACUACGACUCCCAGAGUGGAGGCAACUCAUUGCACGCCCACCGUAUUGCAGCCAAGCUUGAGACUUUUCUGGGCGCUGGAGGUAAAGUAUCCUUUGUGGAGGAGCGGUGCCCUUUGCAGCAAAACAGCUUUGACUGUGGCAUGUACGUGAUCUGUAAUGCAGAGGCUCUUUGCGAGAGUGCAAGAGUCAAGGACUGUCCACGCCUACCCACUCAGGUCAUAACACCCACCUAUAUUACACGCAAGAGGACAGAAUGGCAUUCGUUCAUACAGAGACUCGCUAAGGACUAACUAGCUGACUUUGUACCAGCAACAUCAUGUUUGCAUGAACUGUAUUAGCCAAUGGGGGGAGUGACUCACUACCAUCAAUUAAACUGCAUUUGUUCUUGAACGAGCAUGUAUUCGUCAAAAUAAAUUGUUUGCCAACUCUUAAAGGGAUAGUUUACUCACUAUUUACACACCCUCGUGCCGUUUCUUCUUUCGUGGAAUGCAAAAUGAAGCAAAUUUUUUCCUUACUAAAGCGAAUGGGGACGGAUCCGUCAAGCAUCAAAAGGACGAAAGAAGCGUCAUAAAAUGAUCAUAAAAGUUGUGUAUGUGAUUGGUACGCUAUUCCAAGUCCUCUUAAGUCACACAAUAGCUUUGGGUGAGGAACAGGCCAAAAUGUAAGUAGUUAUUUACUGAAAAUCUUCCAUUCGCGUAUUUUAAAAUAUGACUUUGCACGCCAUGCUUGACCUCAAUAGGCGUGUUGGGUCAAGUUUGAAUAUGCAGAAGUGCGAAUGAGAAAUGAGAGCUUAUCAAUGAAUAACAGAUUCAAGUUCAGUCUAUUUCUCUCACAAAGUUGUCAGAUGGCUUUGGAAGACUUGGAAUGCUGUACACAAGUCAUAUUAUGGACUUCUUUUUUUUAAAGAUUGAUAGACCCAGUCCCCAUUCACUUUCAUUGUGUGGAAAAGCGCAGCAUGGACAUUCUGCCAGACAUCCCUUUUCCACUGAAGAAAGAAAGUUGUACGGGUUGAAACGACGACAACAUUUUCAUUUUUGGGUGAACUAUUGAAUACAAUGGCAUUUUUCAUCCAUAAAAGGACUUGUGAUCAGUUAGCAGCACAAGUUGGUUGAUUGAGAAUGUAUUCAUGCUGAUUUGUUUAGAUUAGUAGCAUGAAGUGAGUGUCCUCAUGUAACUGAAUGUGUUGCUUGUUUACACAGUGUUUUGCUCAGGGCUUUUUUGAGAAGAAUUCAGAUGACAAGAGUGCGAUCUGUGUUAUAUAAUUGCCGUCUAAGAUAAUGUUUGCCAAGGAAAUGUAGUAAUUGCUGCUACUACACAUGGGUUGAACGCAAAAUAGCAGACUAUUAUUUAUUUAACCGAGUGCACCCUCUCGCUCUGAAAGCUUCUAAACCUCACACCAGCAAAUGCAUGAUUGUAUAACAGUUUAUUCUCCAGAGGAACUGAGUGACGCAGAUUAGAAUUAGCACAUUAUAUAUCAUCCCAAUAAAUGGUACUGCAUGCUGUGAAUAUACGCACAUGUCUGUUAUUCAACAGAGAUGACUUUAACUGACCGUCGUGUGUGCAGGGGAUGAUUUCCUUUACAUGCAAAUUUGAAAGACAGUGGAAAUCAAUACUUGUGUGUAAAACAAGACCAGACUUCUGAUGGAAAUAUUUGCAUGGACGUGUGCAGUGCUUUACUAAAAUAUUGGGAUCUAAACCAACUCUCCAACAUUAGCGAAUUACACAUUCUGGAAAAAAAAAUUCUGUGAUAUUUGAUUUUUAUUUUAAAGCACUGAAACAUUUAUUUUAGAUGAAAUUGUUUAUUGUGACAUUGUAAAUUCAUAACAAAAAUAAAAGAAAA